AUGUCCUCGGCUUCCCUUCAACAAGAAUUAGAUUCUGAAGUGUCCUUGUUUAUCAUAGGAGCUUAUGCAAAUGUGGUCUACGACUAUUGUGGGCAUUUCCCAGCUGUUUUUACAGACUUCAAUAACUAUCCGCAGUUGCAAAUAUUGAUUAUGAGUAAUUGGUUACUGAACAUGCACCAUAAGGUGGAGUUUAUUUGGAAUCAGGCCAGGAAAAUCUCGUGGACAACAAUUGUCUAUGCAGUAUUCAGAUGCGAUACUUGGGAAUAUCAUUCGCAAGUAUCCUUGUUUCAUAGCAGUUAUUUUGCAUGGGUACUAUUUCAAGUCUUGUCAAUUUUGCUUUCCAUUACUUUACAAGGUAUGAUGGCUGUUCGAGUAUAUGGGCUACUUGGCAGGUCCAGAGCCGUCUUGAUUGGUCUCUCUACCUGCUUCACAACCACAUCUAUCAUCAAUAUUACUGGUGUUGCGUUUUAUAUGGCCACUGGCCCUGAUCUCGUCUUUCAGCUUCUGCAAUUUCAACACCCCAUCAACUCUCUUGUGGAUAUUUCCAGCAACAAGUAUGGCAGUUUUGGUGUUUGA